AUGAUUGAAGAAAGUUUUCUUCAAAAUGAAAAUGAAGACUUUGGAGAAUAACUCCUUGAGGAUUAUACAAUUUUAUAAAAAUUAGGAACAGGUGCCUUCAGCAAAGUCUAUAAGGUCUUAUAUCAAGAUUAGAUCUACGCUUUGAAAGUAUAGUUCAAAUUGUUAUAGGUUGUUGAUAAAUAAUCGGCUACUGGAAAUAAUAUUGUUGAGAAGCUCAACCAAGAAGCCUCUAUACUUAGCACUUUAGAACAUCCAAAUAUCGUUUAAUACUAUAAGACAAUAGAAUCAAAGAGAAAACUUUAUUUUCUUAUCGAAUAUAUUGAAGGCAAAUCACUUUAAGAGUAUAUUGAUUAAUCAUUGACUGACUCUGAAAUUAGAUAAAUUAUAUAAUAAAUAAUAUAUGCAGUAGCAUAUAUUCAUAAAAAAGGUAUAAUUCAUAGAGAUCUAAAACCUGGUAUGAUCAUAAAUAUAUAUAGAUAACAUUUUGAUUGAUAAAGAAUGGAGUGUAAAAAUCAUCGAUUUUGGUUUGAGUUUCCAAACAAUAAAAUCUACUACUCAUGAAACAUGUGGCACAUUAAUUUAUAUGGCACCAGAAGCAUUAAUGAAAAAGGAAUACUUCAAAUCAGUGGAUAUGUGGAGUCUAGGAAUAAUAUAAUUUAUGAUGUUUGCGAAUUGUCAUCCAUUUUGCACAGAUGAUACAAGAGAGACCUUUUUAAAAAAAAUGAAGAAUCCUUAAUAAGCAUGCUAUCCUGAAAAUAUGAGCAAGUUCAAAAUUCCCAUAAUCAUAGAAUAGAGCGGCCAUAUCAUUUUUUGAAAAAACUGCUGCAUGGGAACCUGAGGCUAGACUUACAGCUGAAUAAGCUCUAAUUCAUCCAUGGAUUAGUGGUGUAAAUAGUCAAAUGCCAAUGUCAUCAAAAGAUAUAAUUCAAACAUUUAAAUGUUAAAAUGAAUUUCAUCAAGUAUUUUAAUGAAUAUAAAUUAAGAUGAUAAAAAUGUUGAUGAUCCUUAGAUUAAUAUAGAAAGUGAGUUAAAAACGUGAUUCGUUAUAAACACAAUAGUUUAGAGCUCACUCUUAAUUUUAAAAUAACUUAAAACCUUUGAUUAUUAAUUCAAGAAAUCCAAGCUCUUAAUAAAAAUUGAAAACUGAAUCUUAAUAAUUCCAACCACCAUUAUCUGCCCAUAGAACUACAUUAUCAAGAAUAUAAAAUAAUGCUUCAUUUCUUAGUUGUUAAGAUGUAUUAAUACCUUAUAAUUAGUAAUCAAGAGAGGAUGUGAGAUUGAAAUAAAUGAAGAAUAAGCAGCAAUAAUUAAAAUUACCUCCAAUAAAUACUAAAUCUGCAAAUAAUUCCCCUUAUAAUAGUAAAUCUCAGUAAAUGUUUACAUUCAGUCCAUAUAAGAAAGUACAACCAAAUGGAGAGCUUAAGAAGUCAUAAUUUAAAUUAUGA